AAAGGCUUGCAUAAAUAUGAUAAAUUAGAUGAUAUAUACUGUUUGAGGUGAGUUUAUGUCCAGAAAGAUGUGUAUCAAAGAUACAACAGUGCAGGUGAGCACAAGUCUCACCCCAUGUGACCCACAAAAAAACCCUGUGUUGAUUAUUGGUCAGCUGAAGCAUCUGCAGCUGCUCAACUUUGCUGAUAUUUCUGCAAAACUGGGGAACCGCGUCACUGAAACUGUUUGGUCUAAUGGUGUAAAAGGCUUGCAGCCAAGUCCUACAGACUGUGUGUCUCUGUACUUAAACCUGUGCUCUGUUGCUGCACUGCCUACAAGAGUGACUCGCCACAACACCAACUCCAGAGCCCAUCACAUAACAAAGAUUGUCCGGUCACACACUGUUGCUGCAGAUGAGGAGUAUAUUGUGCUGGUGUGUGAGAGGCGCGAUGUGUAUGCAAGUGUGUGCGCGGUGGCGCGCGCCUACUCGCUCUACUCACGCAAGUCGAGCGUCGUCAACAGCGACCGCAAGCAGACCAUCACCAUCGAGGUGAUCCUGGCUGGCAGCGACACUGAGGAGCUCUCUGCUCAGGACUUGGUGGUGUUGGAUGCUGCGAUUUUUGGCAUCCGCCUGGCGGCGUGCAUCGUGGAUACGCCCGCCCAGGAGAUGACCACCACCGCCUUCAUUGAGGAAAUAGAAAGCGUCGGCAGCAAGUUGAACAUCGUGCCGGUCGUGAUCCAAGGAGAAGAGCUCAAAAAGCGGGGCUUUGGUGGCCUUUGGGGCGUGGGCAAGGCGGCGGAGUGCCCACCUGCGCUGGUGAUCCUCUCGCACACACCGCCCGGGGCGUCACAGAACAUCGCGUGGGUCGGCAAGGGCAUCGUCUAUGACACCGGAGGACUUAGCAUGAAGACUAAGACAACCAUGCCAGGAAUGAAGCGUGACUGUGGAGGAGCAGCAGGCAUUCUGGGCGCAUUUUACGUUGCAGUGAAAUCAGGCUUUGACCAGAACCUGCACGCUGUCUUUUGCUUAGCUGAGAACGCCGUAUCCCCCAAAGCGACCAAACCGGACGACAUUCACACUCUGUACUCCGGCCGCAGCGUUGAGAUCAACAACACUGAUGCCGAGGGCAGACUCGUGCUGGGCGACGGUGUUGUGUAUGCUUAUAAGGACCUAAAGUGCGACACCAUCUUGGACAUGGCCACGCUCACAGGAGCCCAGGCUACUGCCACUGGCAAAUAUCACGCCGCAGUGGUGAGCAACAAUGACGAACUGGAGCAGUGCGCAGUGAGAGCAGGACGCGUGUCGGGAGAACUGGCACACGCCCUGCCCUACUGCCCUGAACUCCAUUUCCCAGAAUUUGCUUCGGUUGUCGCUGACAUGAAGAAUUCCGCAGCAGACCGCAACAACGCAUCGUCGUCAUGUGCUGGUCUCUUCAUCGCCGCUCAGCUGGGCUUCGACUUCUCCGGGCUGUGGCUGCACAUCGACAUGGCGGCUCCUGUGUACCUCGGUGAGCGUGCCACUGGCUACGGUGUUGGUUUAUUGCCAUGCAUCUUCGGCGAACACAGUCAGAGCAAACUGCUGCGUUCUCUGUCCACUCCACUGCCCUCUGCUUCCUCCGCCAACACGAAUAACAACGAAGAAUCUGGCCCACAGAACGACCGCAUGCAGCAGGAGCAGCCAUCAACCAAGAAAACUAGAUUAGAAUGAGAUCAAGGUCACUUAGGCACUUGCUUUUAAGCUCUUGAUCUUCCUGACACACAAAUGCCAUGCGUAACACCACGCAAAUAGAGCCUUUUUUGAAUUAGAAACUAAAAGUUCUGGGCCAUAGAGUUCGUGUCCUGGAGACGGCAUGGCGGAGAUGAAGGAUGAAAUCGAAGAUCCUGGAUCGGUGCUGAUAUUCUAGAGCCUUGAAGUCCUCCACAAAUACGGUAACUAGGUAUUGUGAGCUUCUUGCAAUUUGGCCUGUAAAGACUAGAAUUUUUAUCAGCCACUGUAAGUUACUUGCAACUUUCACCGUUCGUUCUAAUAGCACGCCUGUUAUUUGCUAUUAUUUUUUACCUCGAAUGAGAGCUUGACUAAUUUAUCAUUGCAUCAGGAGCGCUUGACGGUGGGUGAAUUCUUGCAUGGUGCCUGUUCAUGAAGAGGCGUGACAUUUGCCGAGUUAAGGCAAGGAUGCAAUCGUCAUUUGACAAUGUACCGGGUUACAAGCAUUGUUAGGUUUGAGAUUUUCUUUAUGCUACUGUCGCCAUAUCUAACUUUUUUGGUCGAAACUAUGAAUUAAGUUGUGAAUCAAGUUACCUUUUUUAUGGUUACCCUGGAACUUCGAAAUUAGUCACCUGCAGCACCCACUCCUGCUUCCUCUUAGUUUAGUCAGUUUUUAUAUCUUAAUUUAUUUUAAAAAUAGGUUUUAAAUCCGAUUUGAGAAAGCUUGUUUUCCUUUCCUAUCUAAUGCGUCUGACUUGGUCUGAUUUCCAAGGCUAUCGUGCUAUCGUUAGCUUGUGACACUUCUUGUACGGCGCUAAAAUAAAUUUGCAUUCAU